UGGCAAGCUAAGGCCGAGGAAGGGUAGUGCUUUGCUCCAAAGGCAAAGAUGGGGCAGAGGCAAAGCAAACCAAGACCCUUGUGUCCCAACCUCGAAUUUCUUCUCUGUUUCAAGGUAGCUGGGAGCUUUGAGCCUAGAAGGCGCUCAGACCAGCGCAGAUUGGAACCAAGACCCUAUCCUCUCCAGGGGGUCACGCCAAAACCACGCCUCCUCUUGAGCAAGUCACUGGGGAGCUGGGAGAAAGCGGCCCUAGCGUGUCUCUUUAAUGCGCGCCCCCGGAGGCCCCGCGCGCCCCCGCCACUAUAACUGGAGUGCAUGGAGCAAGCUGCCUUCAGAGAAAGAAGGCGGGCGCUGGGCACCCGUUGACCGACUUUUCCAAGUGCAAUCAGCUCCCGUCCGACCCACAUCCCGGCCCCAUGGACCCGCCCGGGGGCACCCACUGCUGAGGACCAGAUGCCGGGCGGGCUCCGGGCUGGGUUGAACCCGGCCACCGCACAGUGACCGCCCGCGGGUCCUGCAGGCUCCGCGCACCUCUUCCCGCAGCGCUCGCCGUCGGGCGAGGGCUCCGCCGCCGCCACGCCUCGCUCCCCGCGCUGCCCGCCCCAUGCUGGUGCACACUUACUCCGCCAUGGAGCGCCCCGACGGGCUGGGCGCAGCGGCCGGCGGGGCCCGCCUGUCGUCACUGCCCCAGGCGGCCUACGGGCCGGCGCCGCCGCUGUGCCACACACCCACCGCCGCCGACUUCCAGCCGCCCUACUUCCCGCCGCCCUACCCGCAGCCGCCGCUGCCCUACGGCCAGGCGCCCGACGCCGCCGCCGCCUUUCCCCACCUGGCAGGGGACCCGUACGGCGGCCUGGCGCCCCUGGCGCAGCCGCAGCCUCCGCAGGCCGCCUGGGCCGCGCCCCGCGCCGCCGCCCGCGCCCACGACGAGCCGCCCGGCCUGCUGGCGCCGCCCGCCCGCGCCCUGGGCCUCGACCCGCGCCGUGACUACGCCGCUGCUGCUGUGCCGCGGCUCCUGCAAGGCCUGACCGAGGGCGCGCACGGCCUGGCCGACGCGCCCCUCGGCCUCCCCGGGCUGGCGGCCCCGCCGGGCCUGGAGGACCUGCAGGCCAUGGACGAGCCGGGAAUGAGCCUCCUGGACCAGUCGGUGAUCAAGAAAGUCCCCAUCCCCUCCAAAGCCAGCAGCCUUUCGGCCCUCUCACUGGCCAAAGACAGCUUGGUUGGCGGCAUCACGAACCCCAGUGAGGUCUUCUGCUCCGUGCCCGGCCGGCUCUCUCUGCUCAGCUCGACGUCCAAGUACAAGGUGACGGUGGGGGAGGUCCAGCGGCGACUCUCACCUCCCGAGUGCCUCAAUGCCUCUCUCCUGGGUGGUGUCCUUCGCAGGGCCAAGUCCAAGAAUGGAGGCCGGUGCCUGCGCGAGCGGCUGGAGAAGAUUGGGCUCAACCUGCCAGCUGGCCGUCGCAAGGCCGCCAACGUGACCCUGUUGACUUCGCUAGUGGAGGGAGAGGCUGUACACCUGGCCCGAGACUUUGGCUACGUCUGUGAGACCGAGUUCCCAGCCAAGGCAGCUGCCGAGUACCUGUGCCGGCAACACGCUGACCCCGGGGAGCUGCAUGGCCGCAAGAGCAUGCUGCUGGCUGCCAAGCAGAUCUGUAAGGAGUUUGCAGACUUGAUGGCUCAGGACCGUUCACCGCUGGGCAACACUCGCCCAGCGCUCAUCCUGGAGCCGGGAGUGCAGAGCUGUCUGACGCACUUCAGCCUCAUCACCCAUGGUUUCGGCGGGCCCGCCAUCUGUGCUGCCCUCACUGCCUUCCAGAACUACUUACUGGAGUCACUCAAGGGGCUGGACAAGAUGUUUCUAAGCAGUGCGGGCAGUGGGCACGGUGACACCAAGGCGUCAGAGAAGGAUGCCAAACAUCGGAAGUAA